AAUCAAAAUAAAGAAAAAAAAACCCAAAUUGUCAAUCACCUUCGGUCCCUUCAAAGUCCACCAUUUCCAGUUCGAUUCAUAAGAACCCUAGAAAUUCAAUUCAACAAAAUUAUCCAUCCAAUCAAUGCCUGCAUUGUUUCAGCCCCACGCCGAUCUUCGAGAAUUGCUAAAUUCCAGGUUUCUUAGUUCGGACUGAUAUGGUCUGUAGGAUCUAUAGCUCCGGCAAUGACUUUUUCUUUUUGUUCCUGACUCGACAUCCGUCGCCAUGCAAUUAGUAUUAAAUGAUGGUCGUGAGGAAGAUAAUUCGGAGUGUGAGCCCAUCUUAAGUCAGUCUGAAAAUGCACAAAGAUCAUCCGAAGCUUCGUCCUCGUGUGAAAUUACAGCUGUGCUAGGUGACAUUGCUGUUACUGAUGAAGAGUCGCAAAAUCUAGAUGUCAACGAGAGUUCUAAGUUGGUGAUUUCAGAGCAACCCCAAUGCCGUAUUUGUCUUGAUAAUGAAGGAGAAGACCUAAUUGCUCCAUGCCAUUGCAGAGGUACCCAGAAAUAUGUUCAUAGAUCAUGUCUUGAUAACUGGAGGUCCACAAAGGAGGGCUUCGCUUUUGCUCAUUGUACAGAAUGCAGGGAAGUAUUCAUAUUACGAGCUAAUGUACCUCCGGAUCGCUGGUGGUUGAGACUGAAAUUUCAGUUUCUUGUUGCUAGAGACCAUGCAUUCAUUUUUAUUAUCGUUCAACUGAUUGUGGCAUUCUUGGGAGUGAUGGUAUACAAGUUUUAUGGAGAGGAACUACGGGAAAUGUUUGGUUAUGAAGAACACCCAUAUGGGUUUUAUACUAUGGCUGUCUUAGCUAUUGUUUUGGUGGGUUUACUCUAUGGUUUCUUCAUAGCCAUAAUAUGUGGACAAAGAAUCAAUGAACGUCAUUAUCAUGUUCUUGCUAAACAAGAAUUGACAAAGGAAUAUGUUGUAGAGGACCGAGAAGAUAAUAAAAAUCCCCCUGAGCUAGACCCCAACCAUGUGACAGAGCUGAGAAUGUUGGGCCUUUAUUAGUUGGAAGUCUUCGUCCUGCUAGAUCAUCAUGGUUUUCUUUGCUGUGGCUUGAAUAUUUUUGAGUGCAAGAGUGGAAAGCUAUAUUUUCCUGUUGGCUUUCUUAGAUUGUUGGGACACCACUUUACAGACUCCUGUGACCUGUGGCAGCUCAACAAAUUAUCUGCAUCAAUUAUGGCAUCGUUAAAGCCAGGGACAACAGCUUCCCUCACGUAUUCUUCAGGAUCCUGCUUUUGCUAUGGCCAUGUUACUUUAUCUGUGGGCAUUUAGUGUAUUACCUCGGUAAUGAACCAGAAAAUCAGUCUCGUCUCCUCACCACGUAAAUCUGUACAUGGUUCUAAUCUCCAAGCAAUAUCCUCCCUUUCAAACUGAACAGCUAUAGCAAGAGUGUGGUUUGCUGCAUAGAAACUCUAUACCUGUACUAUUUAUUGUGAAUUCUUUCUAGUCAUCUGCCAUUAUAAUCGUGAAUAAGUAUUAAGUAUGCUCUGUCAGCAGAGCAGAAUACCAUGUUCAUAUGUUGCCUGCACGAGCUGUGUAUGUUUUUUCUUUGUUUUUGUUUUGUUUUGUUUUUUUCUUUUUCUGUAUAGAUUGAUAGCACUGAAUAAUGUAUCAAGAUCUUGUGCUUCCUGGCCGGAAACUGUUGUAAUUCAAUACCCAGUGAUUUAUAUGAAAUUCUUUCUGUUCUUUUUGCA